AUGGUGCUGGGUGAAUUUGAUUCUCUUAUCAGCAACUUGCUGCGUCUCAUACAGACAAUGCGGCCUCCUGCAAAGCCUUCCACUAGCAAAAAUGCUGUUAAGCCGAAAACAGAAAAGGAGAAGCUGAAGGAAUUGUUUCCAGCCCUCUGUAGACCAGACAAUCCCACAGUCAGGACAAUGCUGGAUGAAGAUGAUGUGAAGGUGGCUGCAGAUGCCCUAAAGGAGCUCGAAGCUUUAAUGCCAGGCACCGGCAGGCAGGCGCAGCAUCGGCAUAGUGAGCACCAUACAAAGAAAAGGCGGCGGAGUCGCAGCCGUAGUCGAGACCGGGCUCGAAAGUGCCACAGAAAGUCCUCCCGCUCCGAGACACAAGAACGGAAUAAGGGUAAAUCCAGGCACCGCUCCCGAAGCAGGAGUCUGAGCAGAGACCGCAAGGAGCGGGAGAAGCCCGCAGAGAAGGGUGGUGAGCGGUGGAGGGAUAAACACGUGGACCGACCUCCUCCAGAGGAGCCUUCCAUCGGCGACAUCUAUAACGGCAAAGUCACCAGCAUCAUGCAGUUCGGUUGUUUCGUCCAACUUGAAGGGCUCAGGAAGCGCUGGGAAGGGCUUGUCCACAUCUCAGAGCUGCGCCGUGAGGGUCGUGUGGCCAACGUGGCUGAUGUGGUCAGCAAAGGCCAGAGGGUAAAGGUCAAAGUGCUCUCAUUCACUGGCUCCAAAACCAGCCUCAGCAUGAAGGAUGUGGAUCAAGACACGGGGGAAGACUUGAACCCCAACAGACGCCGGAACCUGGUCGGAGAGGCCAACGAGGAGACGGCCAUGAGGAACCCUGACCGGCCUACUCAUCUGUCCUUGGUCAGCGCCCCUGAGGUGGAAGACGAUGCGCUGGAGCGGAAGCGCCUCACCCGUAUUUCAGACCCAGAGAAGUGGGAAAUCAAGCAGAUGAUUGCUGCCAAUGUGCUCUCCAAGGAGGAGUUCCCUGACUUUGAUGAGGAAACGGGGAUCCUGCCAAAAGUGGAUGACGAGGAAGAUGAGGACCUAGAAAUCGAACUUGUAGAGGAGGAACCGCCGUUCUUGCGAGGGCACACAAAGCAGAGCAUGGACAUGAGCCCCAUCAAGAUUGUGAAGUGGAAGAAACAUGCUUUCGGGGGCAACAAAGCCUCUUAUGGCAAAAAGACUCAGCUGUCAAUCAUUGAGCAGCGGGAAAGCCUCCCGAUUUUUCGGCUAAAGGAUCAGCUUAUCCAGGCGGUCCAUGAUAACCAGAUACUGAUCGUCAUUGGAGAGACCGGCUCCGGGAAGACGACUCAGAUCACCCAGUACCUGGCUGAGGCUGGCUACACCUCCCGUGGGAAGAUUGGGUGCACCCAGCCACGUCGUGUGGCUGCCAUGUCUGUGGCCAAGAGGGUCUCUGAGGAGUUUGGCUGUUGUUUGGGGCAGGAGGUUGGCUACACCAUCCGAUUUGAGGACUGCACAAGCCCUGAGACGGUGAUCAAGUACAUGACGGAUGGGAUGUUGCUGCGGGAGUGCCUCAUCGACCCAGACCUCACUCAAUAUGCAAUCAUCAUGUUGGACGAAGCCCACGAGCGGACCAUACACACGGAUGUGCUCUUCGGUCUCCUGAAGAAG